AGUGGGGAGGCGGCCGCCGACGGGACCGGCCGGGGGGCUCCGGAGUGGCGGCCCGUGACGUAGGAAGGAAGGAGUCCUUUAAAGUGCCGAGGAGGCGGAGGGCGGCCCCGCUCCGCCGCCGUCCCGGGCCGCCGCCCCCCGGGGGAUGAGGAGGCGGACGAGACCCGGGUGAUGCGCCCCUGCGGCCCGCGGGGGACCUUAAAGGAGGUCGCGGGAGGAGGAGGAGGAGGAGGCCCCGCCGCGUCGGCGGGACGGGCUUAAGCGCCAUCGGAGGGCCGAGGACGGGCUUGGGCGUGGACCGGCCGGCGGCGGAGGAGGAGGAGGAGGGGGCGACGCAGGGGGUCGGGGAAGGAGCCCCCUCCCCCCCCACCCGGGGGCUGCAGGAAGGAAGGAGGGGCCUCUAUGGAGGGCUGAGCCCGCCGGGCCCCUCGUGGCUCCCCCAGCCAAGGGGCAGGCCAUGAGCAGGAGCGAGGACCGGCCGGCCGCUCAGUGAGGACAGGGGGCCGGGGGGGCCCCGCCAUGGCCGCCGCCGCCGCCGGCUACACGGACCUGCGGCAGAAGCUCAAGUCGAUGACUUCGCGGGACAACGCCAAGGCGGGAGCCGCCGCCGUCGUCGCCGCCGCCCCUGCAGCCGCCCCUGCCGCCGCAGCAGCAGCAGCAGCAGCACCGCCGCCGGUCCCGCCGGUCCCGCCGCCGCCCCCCCCGGCGGCCCAGCCCCCGGCUCCGCCCCCGGCGCAGCCCCAGAAGGAGGAGGAGGCCCGCAGGGUGAAGAGCGGCAUCCGGCAGCUCCGCCUCUUCGGCCCGGACGAGUGCGCCAAGAUCGAGGCCCGCAUCGACGAGGUGGUGUCCCGGGCCGAGAAGGGGCUCUACAACGAGCACACGGUGGACCGGGCGCCGCUGCGCAACAAGUACUUCUUCGGGGAGGGCUACACCUACGGGGCCCAGCUGCAGAAGCGCGGCCCCGGCCAGGAGCGCCUCUACCCGCCCGGGGACGUGGACGAGAUCCCCCCGUGGGUGCACCAGCUGGUCAUCCAGAAGCUGGUGGAGCACCGGGUCAUCCCCGAGGGCUUCGUCAACAGCGCCGUCAUCAACGACUACCAGCCCGGCGGCUGCAUCGUCUCGCACGUCGACCCCAUCCACAUCUUCGAGCGGCCCAUCGUGUCCGUGUCCUUCUUCAGCGACUCGGCCCUCUGCUUCGGCUGCAAGUUCCAGUUCAAGCCCAUCAGGGUGUCGGAGCCGGUGCUCUUCCUGCCCGUGCGGAGGGGCAGCGUCACCGUGCUCAGUGGAUAUGCAGCCGAUGAAAUUACCCACUGCAUACGGCCACAGGACAUCAGGGAGCGGCGAGCUGUCAUCAUCCUUCGAAAGACAAGACUCGAUGCUCCUCGAUUGGAAACCAAAUCCUUGAGUAGCUCUGCAUUACCACCCGGUUACCCUUCCGAUCGUCUGUCAGGAAGCAACAGGGACCAGAUCCUGAAACCAAAGCGGUCCCAUCGGAAAGCGGAUCCCGAUGCCGCUCACAGGCCGCGGAUUUUAGAAAUGGAUAAAGAAGAGAACCGGCGCUCCGUCCUCUUACCGAAGCACAGGAGACGGAGCAGCUUCAGCUCAGAGAACUAUUGGCGGAAGUCUUCCGAGCACGCCGAGGGCCCCGCCGGCGCUGAGGGGGACAGCAGCCCGGCCCGCAAAGUCAAGAUGAGGCGACACUGAGGGGGCCAGCUUUUUUUUUUUUUUUUUUCCCCUUCUCUCUCUCUCUCUCUCCAAAAGACUUCUGAGCUGCAGAAACCAGCCUCUCCAUUCUGUGAAAACUCUUUUUUUGGCUAUUUCUCAUAUAGCUUUUUCUUUUGUUUUUUUAGGGCUGAAGAAAAGGAUUGGCACAAGAUCCAGAGUAAUUUUUCUUUUGUUUCCCUAAAGGGAAACACCGUUAGAGGCGUUUGCUGCUGGAGCCGGUCAUAUACCACCGGUGACCGUGGGGUGGUCUGACCGAGGGUCACCUGGCCCCCCACAGAGCAGACGUUAAAGCUGUGCCAGCUAUGUGUUUGUUUAAACACCAAAAAUGUUUAACUGUUUCACUGCUGAGGAUUCAAGAAGUUUUGGUUUUUUUUCCUUUAAGGGUAAAUUUUUUUUUUUUAAUGUUCUAAAUAUAUUGUUUGACCCCAAAAGCUGAGACUUGGUCAUGGCCUCUUAGCUUUACAGUUUAACCUCUCAAAGGGGCUGCUAAAACUCCUAGCUCAUCAGUGGAGCUCGUGUCCCAAGCUCCCCUCAAGUAAAGGGAUAGGAGCUUCAAGUUAGCAAAUAUCCUCUUCAGCAGCGGGCUUCAGAGCGCUGGGCUCACCUAAACAUUAGGAUGUUUUUUUGUCUUUUAAUCCUAUUGUUCUCCCCCCAUCCCUCCCCUAAAAAAAAAAAAAAAAAAAAAGAUUUGGCCUCUGGGCCCUCCUGUUGUACUCCCAGAUCUGUUUUGUCUCCAAAUAGGCAUUGGUCACACUUAGGAAGUUAGCUUAAGGUCUGGUUAAAAUGCGGAGUAGGCUUUCUAUCCUCCGAAGGGACAGAAGUAAAAUUUACCUCCACAGACCCCUUCUCUUAAAUUAGAAGGUCUUUAUCUCCAACUUUCAACCGUAUAUGUGGGUGUAUGAACAUGUUGGACAAGUCAGAAACUUUGGUAAGCUAAUGGGUGAAAACCACCCUCAAAGCCUAGGGAGGUUUUUUUUGGUUGUUGUUGGGAUUGUGGGGCUUGUUUUGCUUCUCCCCCUUCUUCUGAAGAGCUCACCACACUGCAUGUUCAUCCCUCUGAAUCUCACCCUCAUUCUUCACCAGGUUGGCUGGCUAGUAGGACUCUUGCACCUCGAUCUCUGUACUAGAGAGGGGGCGGGCAUGGAGCUGGGGAAAGAGAAACUGUUAUUCUCUCCCAACUCCUCCCCAGUGGCUGGGAUGGUCCUUUCCCACCACGGUGACAGCGGCAGAGAAAUCCCCUCCACCUGUUUGAGCACAGAGGUGCCCUGUGCCAGUCGAACACUUUCUCUGAGUGUCUGGGGAACAGGACUCGUUCUUGGGCUGAGAUAGUUUGGAGCGGUGAUUGUCUCUUUGGGAAGCAGAUGUAUAGCCUUCCGACUCUAGCGGAGAAGGAAAGUGUGAGUCACUGAGGAUGGUUUGUUAGGUUAGAAUAAGUAAAGGGAAGGGCUCUUUAAGAAUACUACAGAUUUUUUUUUUUCCAAACAGGCCCGCAGGACUCUCUCUUCUACUCCUUUAUAUUCACUGGCCUGUUGGCUCUAAAGAUAAACAAGAAGGAAAGCCCACCUUCUGGCAUUAAAGGGUUAAUCUUGUUUUCUUGGGAUUUUUGUUUUGUUUUUUAGGCUUGGUCCUGAUCUUUCUGUUCCGUCUUAACUUGCCUGAGGCCUGAAAGUUGUGGAGGUUUGGGGUCUGGUAAUAAAUUUAGAACCUUCUUUUAAACAAACAAAAAAAAAUUAAAAAUAAAAAAAAAAUUUGAUUCCUUGAAUCUGGACUUCAGUACUAAAGCAGUUUUAUUUUAUUUUAAUUUUUUUUACAGCUUUUUCCUCCCCUUCCCCCCUCCAAAAAAAAGUUAUUUGUAGUUUUGUGUGUUCAGCACUUUGCUAUGAUCUGUGUGCUUUACAAUAAAAACAAAAUCUAAUAUAUUUUGAAACACAUCGUC